CACAUUCAUAGGUCUCCUGCGCUCCUAUCCACUUCUCUGUGUCUCUCUGUGUCUCUCUGUGUCUCUCUUCCCUCUCUAAAGUCUCGUGAACACGAUGUCGUCUUGAAAAGGCCGAGGAGAAGAGCUCUUUUAGACACGAUUUUCAGACCAUAUCGCAGACUCUCGUCCUUCAGCCUGUCCUUCCCUCUCGAAUUGUAUACGAUUUCCUCUUUUCUCCUAACAAGGGAAAAGCCCCUCAAUGAUGGUAGGGAACACCUUCAGCGAAAUUACGGAGAACAAUCAUGCUGGUGUGAUCUGGGUCAUCUCGCUACUUUGCAUGAUCUACUCUGUCCUUACUCUCUUCGCUAGAGGAGUGAUUAAAUGGCACAUGGUUGGACCCGACGAUGUUGCUUUGGUCGCUGCGCAGGUUCUCGCUUUCGGACAAUAUGGUGCCUUAUUUGGCUCUCUGCACUAUGGACUUGGGAGAACGUCUGAAAUGUUGAACGUUAAAUCCCGAGUACUUGUAUCCAAUACUGCGUUUACAUCAGAAAUACUUCUUUUGUUGUCACUAGCAUUGUCAAAAUGCUCGAUCAUAUUUCUUGUCCGUCGAGUCUUCACUAGGGAUAUGAAACACUUUUGGCUCAUUUGCAAUAUCGCCCUCGCCUUCGUUUGCACCUGGGGCAUUACGUCUGUUGUUCUCGUGAGCGUUGGAUGCAACGUUUCUAAAUACGUACCUCCAAAUGGGAACGAGACAUGCGAAGGCUUUGCGACGCGAUGGAAUAUAGUCAUUGCACUUGAUGUAAUUUCUGAACUCGUUAUGUUCAUUCUUCCAAUCUGCUUUUUGUGGACCCUUCAGAUGACUCUUGAUUUAAAGGCACGGGUUGUUAUCGCCUUUGCCUUUCGACUUCCCGUGAUCGCGUUCUCUAUUCUCUUCGUUCGCAUCUUCACUACCGUCCAACAUGCUCCCAACCCUGGUGUCUCCAUCUCGACCGCAAUCGCCUGGCAGCAAGUCACAGUCUCAUACUCUUUAAUUUCCGCGACAAUUCCCUGCCUUAAGUCCUUCAUUAAAUCUUUCGACACUAAUUUUGGCAUGGGUGAAGGUUCCAGCUCCGGACCAUACACUUACUCAUCCAGCAAUUCACAAUCGCACUUGGCUACUCAUUCCCACUCUCAUUAUCAACCAAAACCCAAGCGGAAUGUGUCGGCACCGGAUACGAUUCAGAUGCACUCUCUGAAACCUCGCCGUUCAGCCAAAUUUCGAAAAGAGCCCGAAAGCACCAAGGUGGGCGAGGACACUAAACAUCACGUCGGCAAGCUCAGGCCAGAAAAAUUAAAGCACUUGACGACCAUUCGGGCGGGCAGGAGUGGCGGAGGAGAACGACCUGGAAGUAAUGGGAGUACAAGUUCCAUGGCGGGUAGUCAGGAAUUGAUUAUUAGGCGGGAUGUGCAGUUUGAUGUGCGCAGCGACUAUACCCAUGGGAGUGAACAGGGGUGAGAGACAUGAUGAGAUGACGAGGCCGAUAAUGCAUUACCUUGGCGUUGAGGAGAGGGUUACCAAAUUCUUAGAUAAGAGUACCACGGAGAGAACGGUGGAGGUACUUUGAAAGAAUGUGUGAUUUCGGCGUUCGAUACCUGCGAUAAUUUCUACAUGUAUGAAUUAUAGACCAGAUGACAUCAGCUAU